CUUUGAAAAUACUACAGUGUUUGAGUGAGCUACGGUAGGAAGUGAAUUAUAGUUCAAGCGAAUUUGAAAUAAUCUCUGAUACUACCUUGUAUAAAGCUGCUGCAUUAUUUAACGGUGAAGCUAUCAAUGGCAACAGAAGCAGUUUUGAGGCCGCAUGUCGAUCAAGAAAAUCCGAACCCCUUGAACUUCAAAGGGGGAAAUGCGUCAGGUAUAACUUCAGUAACUCCUUUGUCUAAAAUUUUAAUGUCUUAAGUUUGAUCUCCAGUGGUAUGUGAAAAAUCAUUGGGAAGAACAUUUAAUAGAAAAAUUUUUUGCUUAAAAGUACAAGUUACCGAUAAUAAAACGAAAAUCAAGCUCGAGUGGAAAUGUUUAUAGACUUUCUCGCCUUUACUCAGAUUAUAUAGUUUACUCACUGUAGCUACUUUAAUCCUUUACGACCUACCAUCAGUAUGCAUAUCCUCCAUACUAUUCUCUCUAAAUCUUCGGGGCUGAUAAGGAGAAUUUCUUUAACAAUCAAAAGCAAUUCCUUUGUUGGUGAUAAUUUAUUUUAUUCUUUUGAACUUAGUGAGUGAUUCAGGAGUAGUAUUGUGAGGACAAAUGAAUUGCUAGUUACUCUUAGAGGUUGUUUUUCAUAUAAGUAACAGUACCCCCGGUUAACUAUUGAUAGAUUUAUGGGAAGGACCAGUCUGUUACUGUCAUGCAUUUAGAUUGGGACAAUGGAAUAACAUAUAAUAAUUUUGCAAUUACUUUAUUACAAAGGGAGAAAAUUUGGAGCUGCAAAAUCCUUUAAGUCCAGCAAUGUUCCCUUAACCACUCCAAGACGUGCUCUGGGAGAUGUAGGGAACACUCUAAAACCAGCUGCUUCAAAUUCAAGAAAAGGACUUGCUUUGAAACCAAACAAGCUGAUUGGAAAGACGCCAACAACAACAAAGAUUUUUCAAGAUCAUACCCGAACACCAUCGGCCAAAGGAAAACCACUCUUGCAACAAAUUAGCUCUGCUGGUAUAAAACAAAGUAGCAAACAGAAAACUGCAACUCAAACAAAGACAGCAGUGAAACCAAGAACAAAAGAGGAUCAAGACUCGACUGAACGAGAAGUGAUGUAUCCAUUUACUGACACAGGUACAGGAGUAUAUUCUAUAACCAUACCUCCUUAAAAAGGAGGGGUGCUUAUCACUUAUUAUCUUUUGCUUACAAGGAACUGUAACUUUAUUUUUGCUAAAUCUAAAAGAAACAAAAACUAAAUGUACAACAUCUGCAUAGAUUUAAAGUCAAUGUGGAGAUAGAAAUGACCGUCUAUAUUUGAAGUUUAAAAAGUUAGAAACAAAUUAGCAAUAUGGGUCAUCCAAGGAAGUACACUUUUCUCACAUGGUCUUUCAAAAACAGCCUACCAAGAAGACGAAUGCUUGAGUGUUAUCAUAUGAUCAGUACCAUGUAAAAAAAUCGUCUGGAAAUCUGUUGAAAAAGUUUGUGUUUGCUAAAUUAUACAUUACAAUAAAUUGUGAAUGUGCCUUGUACUGAACUUCAAUUUAACCUUCCGUGAAACUAAAAAUGUAAAAUACUGGCCCUAUUGUAACAACCAGAUCCAGUUUUGAACUUCGGUUUUUAUAAUUGUUUAAUGCAAUAUUUCUCCUUGAUGAACCUUAUUCAACAAAACCAAAUAACUGCAAAACAAAAUAAGAUAACUAAACAGGAAAAAAGAUAGAAAAAACUUUUAUAUUGUAUUUGCAAUUACUUUUUACAUGUGACAUUGUUUCUUAAACCCAUAGUACCUAUAGUGUUAUUUUUUCAAUUAUUUUAUUUUGUUUUUAUUUUAAUUUAAUAUAUUACUUGUACCAUUGUAGUCGUCUUAGUGUAGCUAUGUGGAAUUGUUUUGUGCCAUGAAUUCUGUAUAUUUUUUCUCUUUAUUAUUAUAAAUUUUAGAACCUUAAUUUAAUUUGUGACAAUUUUUUAGAAAUAGAAAACCCUUAAAUACAAUUUUAAAAAAAUAGUACAUAAAACAUACAUUAUCAUUUCUCGUUCCCAUUAGAUGGUGUCCUUCUAAGGUCAAACUAUAUUUCAACAAUUUUGAAGAAUGUUGGAGCUCUUUAUUAUGGCUGUCAGUUUCAACCCACUUAUUCCACUGAUUCUGAUGCUGAAGACAAUGCUGCAGAUUUAUUUCACUUUGAUGAUUACAAAAGACCAACAACAGGUACCAAAGACUUUUUUGUAUUGUAUUUUUGUUAUUUGCUAGAACACUCAGAUAACCUUACUCUGUGAGAGCUUGUGUCACUCCAUCUGUUACUAUAAUGAUUUUGGCUUUUCAAGGUUUCUGUACAUUGAAGUCUGAUAAUUGAGAGCUUUAAAAAAUCAUCAGCACUAAUAGACUCCUCAGAUUAAGUGGUAUCAUCUGAAAACUUUAAAAAGCACCUUGAUGACAGCAUUUGAGUUCAAACUUAGUUACAAAAAAAUUAUAAAAUUUGAUUUGAGGAUGUCCUUGAUGUUACCCUUAGAUCUUGCUUGCUUAGCUAUAGACAUUGUCUGGCAGGGAGAUUGCCUGCAUAACUUAACAAAUCAGAGGGAAGAAACAUUGAUAUAACUUGCUUAGUGACCAUGCUAGCUGACAUGAUCUUACAUUGCAGAACAAAGGUGGAUUCCGAAUUUUUAAUUGGGAGGUCCAAAAUUACUUCUCCACCAACCUACUCCUGCCUCCCCCUCUCCCUCACUUGUAGUAACCUUAAAGAAAAAUCAGCCAGGUUACCAAUAAUAACAUGGAAUCUUGUCAUUACAAGAAUUUUGGUGCAAGACUAGCAAACCACAGGUGUGAUGGGUUAUAGAAGUCACACUACAGAAAAAAACAGAAAGAAAACAUGGCUUGAAACUCAAAGGGAGGAGCUUCUACACAGCCUGGGCAUGGCUUCUUGCCUAAAAGUUACCCAACCUUAUGAUUCUUGAUAGUACUUCAUGAGAUGGGUACAAGAGUUUGAGUUGCGUUGCAACAAACUUGUACAUAUCUUAACUGAUGACACGUUCUGUAUUUUUUAGAUUACACUCGUGACUCACUCCCGUUCGAAAGAGACCUGGAUUCCUUAACUCCCCAAUUUGAUUCCUUCAGCCUUUCGGAUAUUGAACUGCCGCCGGUGGAAAUCGAUUCUCUAGGGCUUGGAUUAUUGUAGAAAUUCAACAUUUUUCCUCUAGUUGUACAUAAAAUUUAAUAACAUUGUUUGUUAUUAAUUUUGUUCUUUUGGAAGGAUAUGUCAAAUCUGUCUAACGCGUUAUUUUUUAACAAUACUAUCUGAGACUUUCUUUAAGUAAGUCUCCCAUUUCUCUUUGCUUCUGUAUAGUAUUAUCAUUUAAAUUUGGC